UCUGCCAGAUAACACGAGCUGCCGGCGCCCACUCGUUCUGGAAGAGACAGCUAGGUGCUGUACAACCAGCCCCAGAGCUCUCAGAUCAACAGCGGGUGACGUCACGGGCGCUGCCAGGUCUUUAUCAUUUCUGCCAGAUAACACGAGCUGCCGGCGCCCACUCGUUCUGGAAGAGACAGCUAGGUGCUGUACAACCAGCCCCAGAGCUCUCAGAUCAACAGCGGCCAUGACCGUCCCUGGCCAUCACUGGCUCUUCUUCUCUGUGUACCUCUUUGCCUUCGUCGUGGGACUGCCCCUCAACCUGCUGGCCCUGGUGCUGUUCGUGGGCAAGCUGAGGCGCCGCCCGGUGGCCGUGGACAUACUGCUGCUCAACCUCACCAUCUCUGACCUGCUCCUGCUGCUCUUCCUGCCCUUCCGCAUGGUGGAGGCAGCCAGCGGCAUGCGCUGGCCGCUGCCCUUCAUCCUCUGCCCACUCUCGGGCUCUCUCUUCUUCACCACCAUCUAUCUCACCACCCUCUUCCUGACCACCGUGAGUGUGGAGCGCUUCCUGAGUGUGGCCUACCCGCUGUGGUACAAGACGCAACCGAGGCUGGGCCAGGCGACUCUGGUCAGCGGGGUGUGCUGGUUCCUGGCCGUGGCGCACUGCAGCGUGGUCUACAUCAUCGAGUACUCGGGCAGCUCCUCUCGCAGCCAGGGCACCAACGGUACCUGCUACCUGGAGUUCCGAGAGGACCAGCUGGCCGUUCUCCUGCCCGUGCGCCUGGAGAUGUCCGUGGUCCUCUUUGGGGUGCCGCUGCUCAUCACCAGCUUCUGCUACAGUCGCCUCGUGUGGCUCCUUGGCCGUGGAGCCAGUCGGCGCCGGCGCCAGCGGGUGGCGGGGCUGGUGGCCGCCACGCUGCUCAACUUCCUGGUCUGCUUCGGGCCCUACAACGUGUCCCACCUUGUGGGCUACAUCCGGGGCGAGAGCCCGACCUGGAGGGGUUACGUGCUACUCCUCAGUACCCUGAACUCGUGCGUCGACCCCCUCGUCUACUACUUCUCGUCGUCUCAGUUCCAGGCUGACUUGCACCAGCUGUUCAGGAGGCUGGCUCAGUGCUGGGGCCCUUGGCAGCCUGAGUGCAGUGUGGAACUGAAGGUACAGACUGCAGGGGGCGGGCAGGUGCAGGACUGUCCCACAUAGGUGGCAGGGGCUGGGCUCCAGACAGGCCAUGGACCAGGACUGCAACUAGACCUUCAGGUGCGGCGUGCGGAUCACCCUGCCAGCUCAGGGUUGAGCAUGGCAGGCAGGGGCCUGAUGUGACUUGGGAUGGUCCCGCUGCAGCCCAGCUCUCCCCACUCCUACCUCCCACCCUUCCAGCACACACUGAGAACACAAGUGACUCACAGGGAGUAGCCAUGGGGAGCGAUCCCUUGCAGAGCCAGGAGGAACCUCUUCCCCUUUCCCCCACCUCCCAACGAAUGCCACAGGCGGUCUGCCCUCUCUGCAGCCCAUGCUGAGGGUAAGGGAGGAGUUUAGAGCUGCCCUGUUGCUCAGGACAGGUGGUAGAGGCGGUCACCCCUCGGAGCAAUGGUUCCAUCCCCAGGGAAGGAAGUCAGGUGGCAGGUGGGGAACCCCGAGGCAGCCUCCAGGGUUGGGGGAGCAGCCUGGCUGUGUGUGAGCUUG